AUGCUCGCCCCUAGAGCGGCGCCGAGGAAGGCCGCGGGCAUCACGCGGAUGGCCACCCGCGGCCUCGCCACCGUCCAAGACAGCAUUCCCCGGACGUACGGCAAUCUCAAGGACCAAGAUCGCAUCUUCCAGAACCUCUACGGCCGAUACCCUCCGGAUCUAAAGCAUGCGAAGAAGAUGGGCGACUGGCAUAAGACGAAAGAAAUCAUUCUCAAGGGCCAUGACUGGAUCAUCAAUGAGGUCAAGGCCUCGGGUCUCCGUGGCCGCGGUGGUGCCGGAUUUCCAUCUGGAUUGAAAUGGUCUUUCAUGAACUUCAAGGACUGGGACAAGGAUACUAAGCCUCGCUAUCUGGUGGUCAACGCCGACGAGGGUGAGCCUGGAACGUGCAAGGACCGUGAAAUUAUGCGAAAGGACCCCCACAAGCUUGUCGAAGGCUGCCUUGUCGCCGGCAGGGCCAUGAAUGCCACCGCAGCCUAUAUCUACAUUCGUGGAGAGUUCGUGGAGGAGGCCAUCGUCCUCCAGCGUGCCAUCAACGAAGCGUAUGCGGCUGGCCUUAUCGGAAAGAAUGCUUGCGACUCUGGCUACGACUUUGAUGUCUAUAUCCACCGCGGUGGCGGUGCCUACGUUUGCGGUGAAGAGACUUCCCUCAUCGAGUCUCUCGAGGGCAAGCAGGGCAAGCCCCGUCUAAAGCCCCCUUUCCCCGCCGCGGUCGGUCUGUUUGGCUGCCCCUCCACCGUCGCCAACGUCGAGACCAUCUCCGUCGCCCCCACCAUCUGCCGCCGUGGUGGAAACUGGUUCGCUGGCUUCGGCCGCGAGCGCAACCAAGGCACCAAGCUCUACUGCAUUUCCGGUCAUGUCAACAACCCCGCCACCGUUGAGGAGGAGAUGUCGAUCCCUCUUCGUGAUCUGAUUGAGAAGCACUGCGGUGGUGUUCGUGGUGGAUGGGACAAUCUCUUGGCCAUUAUCCCCGGUGGAUCAUCGACCCCUAUUCUCCCCAAGAACAUCUGCGACGACCAGCUCAUGGACUUCGACGCACUCAAAGAUAGCCAGUCCGGUCUCGGUACCGCGGCGGUCAUCGUUAUGGACAAGAGCACCGAUGUCGUUCGUGCGAUUGCUCGUCUCAGCAAGUUUUACCGACACGAGAGUUGUGGCCAGUGCACGCCAUGCAGAGAGGGAAGCAAGUGGACAGAGCAGAUCAUGAGCCGGUUCGUGGAGGGCCAGGGUCGCGCCAGGGAGAUUGACAUGCUCCAGGAGUUGACGAAGCAGGUUGAGGGUCACACAAUUUGCGCUCUUGGAGAAGCUUUCGCUUGGCCCAUUCAGGGUCUCAUCCGCCACUUCCGACCGGAGCUUGAGGCGAGGAUGCAGGAGUUUGCUCAACUGUCUGGCGGUGAGGCUCUCGCGGGAGGCUGGGCCCAUGACACCAAGUCCAAGGGCAAGCUCGUUUCGCCGGGCCAGUAA